AUGCAAGCCGACACAUUUGCUUAUGCGCGUGUGGUCGUGCGAGUUCGGCCCUUCACCGACGAAGAGGCGAAGGUCUGUCCUGAGGACAGUCCCGUUCCGCGGGAAAUUGUUGUUUGGGAUGGAAACAGGACCUUAACAGUUCUCGAUGCUACCAACGAGUUUCUACCACGCAAAAACGGAAAGUUUGAAGUGCAAAAAGUGAUGUGGUCUUUUGUGGACGACUACCAACCAAGCGCGGUGGUACAUAAACAAAAGGAUGUUUACGACGCAAUUAUGAAACCUGCUAUUGGGCGUAUCCUAGACGGGCAAAACACCGCGUUUUGUGUAAUGGGAGGGGCGGGGAGCGGGCGUGUGUAUUCUCUCUACGGCAAUAGCGUCGAUGGAUUAGAGGGCGGCAUUCUUCCACGCUUUACUGACGAAAUAUUGGCCGCCUUCAAGCGCGAAAAGCGGGAGGACAGCACUGUCAAGUGCCAAGUUGAGGCAAUUGAUGUGUCCAACGAGACCUAUGUGGAUCUGCUUUCGCCAAAGCGUAAACCCGGGGCUAACGCUCAACAGGAGUACAAACUCGUACUUGAUCCAGUGGAGGGUACCAAACUUCAGGGGGUGACGCGCGUUGAUGUGCAAAAACCGGCCGACAUGCUAAACAUAGUGAGGCAGCUGUCGCAAGUGGUGCCCAAGCGUAACUCCUGUCACACUGUCACUCUACGCAUUGUUGAGUCCUUUCAGUUCACUGAUCCCGAGCAAGGUCAGGCAGUCACAAUGUCACGUCGCGUAAACGUUCUUUUUGCCCUUUUGCGGAACAUGCCGCUCGGUUUCCAGCGCUGCGUUGACAUUGCUGUGGAGCGUGACAGUGGUGAGAACCCUUUGGGGAAGGUGCCAACACGCGACACGGCUUUUACGAAGCUCUUCCCUGACUUACUGCAGCACGGCUACCACUUGAAUUUCCUUUGCUGCGUCAGCCCCUUCUAUGAGCAUGUCCGUGAGACGAUGCAGACGCUUACAGUAGCAACGAAGUUAUCGAAACUGAAAUGCAGCCCGAAGCGCUCACAAGAUGAGGCACUGGUUCAACUGCGAACACUGGCUGCAGAGGUAAAGAAUCUUAAGUCCGAGAUGGUAAAGCAAUCAGAGUCCACGAAGAUUGUACAAAAUGAACUCAAUGCACGUGAAUUGGCGUUGAUGAAGCAGGAAGCCGCCCACCAUGAAUGCCGGAACAAGUUGUUGGCAUCUUCAGAGAGAUUGAGCAUAGCAAGGACAGCGUUCAAGUUGAAUGUGAUCCGCACGGCAGUGCAUCGCAAGAAGUUCCAAGAUUCGGUGAGCAAGUUAAGGCGGGCUUUGGCGGAUGUGGAGGUGGAAAAGGACAAAGCGGACGCCAAUAUGGUUGCGGCAUCCCGUGAGACGGGGGAAAUUGAAAAGAGGAUACUGCACACAAAUAGGCAAAUCAAAACUCAGGAAGAAGUUAAUGCUGUGUGCGAGGAAAAGGUUCAGAAGCGGGUUGAUGGCGAAACGAAGUUGAAGAAGAUCCUCGCAUUCUUGAAUGCAUCUCCCGAGGAGAGGUUGCGCCUAAUCGAGAUGGACGUGGAGGCCAAAGAGCAAGGGCGGGCUGAAGAGGAGCAGCUGGAAAAGGAAAUGGCAAAGAUCACAAAGGAACUUGAGGAAAUGGAGGCACGUUGCCGGGCUAUCGAAAAGGAAUUCGAAUCGGUGCAUCAAAAGGAGGGGGUAACCCGUGAGAAGGUGGACCUAAAGGCGAGACUCAGCAGUAUGGAAAAGGAUAUCGCGGGAAAGGAAGAAGAAAACAGGCAGCUGAGGAUUCAGGCCGAGACUAAGUCUUCAGGAUGCCAGUGUGUUACCAUGUAA